UGCUUAGGGAUGGCUGCUGUAGCUGUUCCAACCAAUAUGUUUUCAAGACAACUUCCUCGAAAAGAAAAAUGUUCUCUGGACAAGGAGUCUCCAAGUUUGUCCAUACUACUACGUUGCUGGGCACAUCAAAUACUACUAGUUGACAUCCCAUCAUUUUUUUCCUACUUCGCUUUCAGGACCAGUCUGAUCAGUGUGGAGCCAUACCUUUCAGCAUGUCCCCUCCCCCUGUUGGCGAUAAGAACAUUCUACCUGCAACAUCUGGCUAUGGACGUUCUCCAGGGCAGCAAACACCAGCGGUCUGCAGUUUCCACCAGCCUACUGCCCUUCUCUUGGACUGUCUGAUUAAUUUAGCACAAAUCGAUUGGAGGAAUUGGAGAUGGAGCUUGCCAUAUCGGCAGCAACAGGUGAACUCGUGAGCCGAUUUGUAUCCUUCUUCGCUAACAAGUACCACUCCAGCCGCGCAUACUCUGAAGAGAAGCAGCUGGAGAGGCUGCAGCUACUGCUCCUAAGAGCUCGCACAGUCGUCGAGGAGGCGGAUGGGCGAUACAUCACAAACUCCGGGAUGCUGGCACAACUCGACAUGCUCACAGAGGCCAUGUACCGAGGCUACUGGGCACUAGGGGCGUUCAGGUACAGGUCACUUCAAGAGACUCCAAUGGAGGAGGAGCAGGAGGACUGGGCCAAGUUUUGUUCAACCCUGGCAAGCAUGGACAGUGGAAGCAAGGUGAUCAUCACCAGCUGGUGUAAAAGUUCAGAGAAGCUGGGAACAGUCCAGCCAAUCUUCCUCAACACCCUGCCAUAUGAGGAGUUCAGCUACCUCUUCAAGACACUCGCAUUCGGGAGCGCGGACCCGGCACAGCACCCACGGUUAGCACAAAUAGCAGACGAGAUGGCCAGGGAGCUGCAUUCGGAUUGGUCGCUCAUUGCCGUGAACUUGCGCGCUGAUGUGAUGAGAAGGAAUCUUAAUCUCCAUUUCUGGCUCUGCAUGUUGUGCAGGAUGAGAAGAUUUGUCGAGAGGAACUUCUCCAUGUUCGGGGAGCACCCACAGUUGCUCAUUUUGAGACGCCAUCAGAUAGAUGUUACAGACUUCUUGCAUUCUUAUUCCCCACUCCGUAUCCUACCAUCUUGUACCACUGGCAGCAGCCGAACUGAGAUUACAGAGGAAAGGCAACUACUACCGAAUGUGAGACUUGGGGAUCUGGUGGAGGAUCCUGGAGCUAGGCCACAAGGUGAUUUCAACGUCAUUAGUUAGGAAUCAAGGGUGCCACCUUACACUUCAUUUGUUCAUUUCGUUCCAAGUGGUGCUCCAGGUGUGGCUGAAGAUACCCCUCUGCCUGGGAGGAAACGUUCAGCAGUGCAUUUGUAAGGCCUUUUAAUUUAAAGGACUUCUAUGGAUUUUUUAGAUUAGAACCUUUAUUGCUCCAUCCGUUUGUAAAUACAGUAUUGGAUAUUGAUAUGGUUACCGCUAGCAUCUGUAGCUAUAUGAGCAUACAGGAUUUUGGUGA